AUGUUAAGUCGGGUGAUACCUGCGCACACGAAUGAUGUUAAGUGUGUUUUUGCGACCUCUGUUGGUUCAAUAAUCUCGGGAAGUCGUGACGGUACGGUGAAAAUAUUUUCUGAGAGAGCUGGUGAUUAUAUGGAAUCACUUCUCAUAAGACAGUCAAAUAAACUCGCUGUGAAUUCGGUUACGUUUUAUCAAAACUCAUCUGGCUGGUAUAUUUUUGCUGGUCGAAUGGAUGGCUCAAUUGCAAUUUUUUCAUCAGGUCGAGCAGAACCCAUUCGUGUGCUCAAUCAGCACAGUAAUAAUGGUGAAUUCAUUUUCAAUUUUAGCCUAUCUUGA